AUGGCAUCCACUCAACUCACCAUCGAAUCCUACGAUAUCUACCAUGGCCUUCCAACCUUCAAAGACGAAGGUCUGACCGCCAUCGUCACAGGAGCAAACGGUCUCUCCGGCCUCCACAUGCUCAAAAUCCUCGCUCGACACCCUCAGCGCUGGAAAAAGGUCUACGCACUAUCAAGACGACCUCCUCCUGACGACGAUCUACCGGAAAAUGUCCAACAUAUCCCCUGCGAUUUUCUGAGCUCUCCUGAAGCCAUUGCGUCUGUCCUCAAAGACAACAACGUCAAAGCUGACUAUGCGUUUUUCUUCGCAUACAUCCAGCCAGCGCCAAAGCAAGGCCAGAGCAUCUGGGCAAACGUGCAAGACCUGGUGUCUGUCAACAAAGCCCUACUCUCCAACUUCAUGGACGCCUUGACAAUCUCCAAAAACAUACCCAAGACCGUAUUGCUGCAAUUGGGGGCCAAAUACUAUGGCUUGCAUCUUGGACCUGGCUCUCCUCCCUACGAAGAAACACACGAACGAGUAAUGCUGGAACCAAAUUUUUACUAUGCGCAAGAGGAUGUGCUCAAAGCAUGGGCAGAGCAAAACAACACUCACUGGAUAACCACACGACCAUCGCAUAUCCCUGGUGCUGUUACCGAUAAUGCGAUGAACUUGGUGUUACCUCUAGCCAUGUACGCAACUGUGCAGAAACACUUGAACCAGCCACUGGAAUUCCCGUCCGAUCUCAAGGCAUGGGAAACCACCGUCUCUAUUUCGUCGGCGAGGAUGAAUGCACAUUUGGCCGAAUGGGCCGUGUUGACACCCAUAGCGAGAAAUGAAUCGUUUAAUGCUUGUGACGAUAGCGCGUUUACUUGGGGUCAAUUGUGGCCGCGUUUGGCUGCUCGAUUUGGCAUGGACUGGAAAGGACCAGAUCUGGAUGCCGAGUACAAAGAAAUCAGAAUGCCAUAUGAGCCGCCGCCGCGUGGAUGGGGUCCUACUGCAUCCAUGAGAUAUAAGUUUACGCUCAUGGAGUGGGCAAAGAAGUCAGAGGUGACCGAGGCGUGGAAACAGAUUACUGCAACCCAUGGACUGAGAAUGAAAGAGUUUGUGGACAUUGAUCGUGUAUUUGGGUUCACAGAUGCGACGUUGGGGUUUUCGUAUCCCAUUCAUUUCAGGCAUGUUAUGACCAAAGCCAAGGAGAUGGGAUAUUUUGGCUAUGUGGACUCGACCAAGUCGAUCAUCAGGACGGUCGAGGAGUUUGCGGAUCUGAGAAUGAUUCCUAGUUUGCCUCCGAUGUGA